UGCCAGCGUCUGCGGCUCGCGUAGAUGAACGACGCUCAGUCCGACAAACUCGGCAUCGUACCUCCGCUGGAAUGUCGAGGCUGUGUGGCCCUCCGACACCGCCACUCUACUCGGUGGCGGCCAGGCAGAGACCACGAGGCAGGGCCAGGGCUCAGCAGGACCCAGGGCCCAAGGCCCAGGGGGGAUCGCGACCAGGCUCUGCCGUCAUUUCCACCGCAUCAUGCUUAUAUCAGCGGAUAAACCACACGCGGCGGGCGGUGGCUUGGGAAAUGGCCGUGGACUGAAUGGGCGGUGCAUGCGGACACGGACGCGGACGACGACGAGGACGAGGGAGACGAGGGGGACGACGAGGACGACGAGGACGACAAGGACGAAGAGGACCACGAAGACACGGACAAGACGCGGAGGGACACGACGCGGUGGUGAUGGUGAUGCGUGGCUUGGCGUGAGAGUCAUGCAGUGUGAGUGUUGUGUUGAAUGUGUCUGUGGAUGCACCUCGUCUCAUUCCUCAUCCACACGUCUCUCAUCUCGUCCUCAACGGGGCCAGCUCGACCACCGCUGCGUCACUCGUCAUCCCCGGCCUCGUCGUCGACCUCGUCCCUCUCCCACCCUCCAGCUCCGUCUCACAUAUAAACUCUUGCCCAACUCGCACCCUCUUCCAUCCCAUCCCUCUCAUCCUCCUCCUAUCUCUCCUCUACCCUCGAGCCAUACCACGCCAGAACCACAAGCCCGUGACGCCCCCAGCCCCAGCGCUCGCCCAGCCUCCCUCCUCUCCCUCCCCCACCCCACUCCGAGCUCGUGCCCCCCGCCCCCGUGCCCCCUCUGCCCUCUCAUACCUUCAUAGCCCCCCCGUGCCCCACUCCCCAUAUCUCCCACCAACCAUCGCCCACCAACCACCCACCCCUCCCUCACCCUCCAGCCCGAGCCCGAGCCCGACGCCUCUCUCCUUCUGCGCCUCUUCUGCCUCUUCUGCCUCUUCUGCCUCUUCUGCCCCUACUCCCACUAUACCCCCACCAAUACGAUCCUCGCCGCCUUGCACCUGCCUUGUUGUCCUCAAGCCACCACCAUUACGCUUCUCGACCCUGCGCAACAUACCUUGCCCGACUCGUCAUCAUCCCAUAAUUUGUGGCAAGGGCAAGCCAAGCCAAAGGCGGACCGAAAUACGAGUUACGAGUGCUCGCACGAGCCAGCAUACCUUAUCGUACGUGGGCCGGCGGGCAUUGUA